AUCAACUGACCCUUUUCAAUUUACUUUCACCAUUUUUUUGCCAAAAAAUUUCAUCUUUAUUUGUAUGCAAUCAAACGAAGCUCAUCCCAGAACCCUCCACCACCUCUGGCAAGUAAGCAAACCAUCUUUUGCCAAUUUACGGUGAAUUUCAUGUUAAUUUUUAGCCUUUGGUAGAGAAAUUUGAUUAUUAGCUUUAUUUGUUAGUAAAAAAUAAGGAAAUGGAGGCAAGCAGCAGUAGUGUUAUAGUGAAUUCCAACUUAGAGCCUAGGGAUGAUCUUGAAUUCGACACGCACGAAGCAGCGUACGCGUAUUACAAAGAAUACGCGAAAUCCGUAGGGUUCGGGACAGCUAAAUUGAGCAGCCGUCGCUCUAGGGCUUCGAAAGAAUUCAUCGAUGCCAAAUUUUCGUGCAUUAGGUACGGGAAUAAGCAGCAAUCGGAUGAUGCUGUUAACCCGAGGCCUUCUCCGAAGAUAGGGUGCAAAGCUAGCUUGCACGUGAAGCGUAGGCCUGAUGGGAAGUGGCACGUUCAUAGCUUCGUGAAGGAGCAUAAUCACGAGCUUUUACCGGCUCAAUCGCACUUUUUUAGAAGCCAUAGGAUUGCUGAUUCUGUCAAUGAUGCGAAGGUGAGGAAGAGGAAAGUCCCUGCGACUGUGUUGAAACAGUAUGGCGCUUAUCAGUUUUUCGACAAUGUGAUCCGGAAUCAGCAUGACAGGGGGCGGUUUUUGAGCUUGGAAGAGGGCGGUGCUCAGGUUUUGCUCGAGUUUUGUUCACAAAUGCAUGAAGAGAAUCCGAAAUUUUUCUAUGCGUUGGACUUCAAUGAAGAGCAUCGGUUGAGAAAUGUGUUUUGGGUUGACGCCAAAGGCGUGGAGGAUUUCACUUACUUUGGUGAUGUGGUCUCGCUCGACACGACCUAUUUCUCGAGCAAGUAUAGAGUUCCUUUGGUUCUUUUUGUGGGAGUGAACCAUCACAUCCAGCCCACGUUGCUUGGCUGUGGGUUGAUAGCAGACGAGACGUUAUAUACGUUUAUUUGGUUGAUGCAAUCGUGGUGUUUGGCAAUGGGUGGACGAAGCCCUAAAGUGCUACUCACCGACCAUAAUGAGGCUAUCAAAGCUGCUGUAACUCUCGCCUUUCCAGAAACUCGUCAUUAUUUCCAUUUGUGGCACAUUCUGGAAAGGUUACCGAGAAGGCUUGAGUUCCGUAACUGCUGGCAUGAAUCUUUCAUGGGGAAACUGAAUAAAUGUUUGUAUAGAUCGUGGAACGAAGAAGAUUUUGAAAAAAGAUGGUGGAAGUUGACUGAAAGAUUCAAUGUUCAAGAAGAUGAAUGGUUUCGGUCCUUAUACGAAGAUCGGAAACUCUGGGUGCCUGCGUUCACAAAAGAUGUUUCUUUUGCUGGGUUGUCAGCAGCUUCGAGGUCUGAAAGCUUGAACUCUUUCUUUGAUAGAUACAUCAAUGAGGAUACUUCUUUGAGAGAUUUUAUCGGGAAAUACGAAUUGAUUCUUGCAGACAGAUACGAAGAGGAGGCUAAAGCAAAUUUCGACGCGUGGCAUGAAACGCCAGAGCUGAAGUCACCUUCGCCCUUCGAGAAACAAAUGCUGCUUGUUUACAGUCAUGAGAUAUUCCGGAAAUUUCAAACGGAGGUUCUCGGAGCAGCAGCUUGCCAUUUGAAAAAAGAAAACGAAGAUGGUCCAACUGUAGUAUAUGGAGUGAAAGACUUCGAAAAUAAUCUCGAUUAUUUGGUGGAAUGGAAUGAGCUGAAAUCCGAUAUAUACUGUUCUUGUCGUACAUUUCAAUCUAAAGGAUAUCUCUGCAGGCAUUGUAUCGUAGUUCUCCAAAUGUCCGGUGUCUUUAGCAUACCGUUUAAGUACAUACUGCAACGUUGGACAAAUGCUGCCACGAGCAAAAUUCCACUGAGUGAAAAAUUGGAUGAAGUGCAAGCUAAGGUCAGACGUUACAAUGACCUUUGUCGACGAGCUAUAAUACUAGGGGAAGAGGGUUCGUUGUCGGAUAAGAGUUAUAACAAUGCAGUUGUUGCAAUAAAUGAAGCCCUCAAACAAUGUACGAUUGCAAAUCAACUCAACGUUUCUGCACCUCUCGCCAUACUAGGUGUUGGAGGGGCGGACCAUAACGUCACCGUCACAUCUGGACAGCAGGUGCUGCCUACGGCUGAAGUGAUUGAUACAAGUGAAGGUUCGAAGAGGGCGGGUUUUGGGAAGGAAGCUGCAAGCAAUGGCGGGAUGACUGGUAAAAAGGGGAAGGUGCCGUUGGAGCCUCCAAUUACUAAUAUCGGAACUCAUGGCAUUUUCCAGCAUAUGGAUAUGGCCGGUCCCCUGGAUUAUUCUGCUCUGUACCCAAGAUUCCUCACCACGUUAUUAAAAGGCGACGAGAUGUCCAAGAGAGGCGUGGAGAUGCUGGGCGAGAUGUUGGAGGAACCAAACUGAAGGUGCGGAGGCCAUCUAGAAGACAUUUGGAAACGAAGUUUUUUCGUGCUCAAAUGUGCAGAGUCUCGUAGCUCGCGGAUAGCUUCUCCUUUCGUUUCUGAUUGAGAGGAAUGCCAUGUAUUGUUCGCUCCAGGACGCCUCUGACCCUAUGGAUGCUGAGACGACAUCCGUUCAGAUGCAAAUUCCGCGUGCUGCAAAAAAUAGAGGGGAUGCUACUGCUUCGUCGUGGCUAGACCGAGCCCAGCUUUGAAAACGGGCCGUCUGCUGCUAGAAAGGGGCAUUUCGGCACACUUUCAGAAAGUGGCACGGGCGCUCUGCUUGUUGUCGUUGCAUAUAUGCUUGUAACAUAUGUGGACGAAGGUGAAGUGUAUUACCAACUGAGAUGCGCUUCGUUGUCAAUUGAUUUUGAUUUGUUGGAAUUUG